GGUUUACUAUCUCCGGUUUCCGAUGUCUUUUCCCAAAUGAGCAAUUUUCCUUGUUGCCCCAUAAUAAGUUGUCACUUGUCACUGACACCUACCCGAAAUCCACACAACCAUAUAUCUAGUAGUAAAUGAGUAUAAAACGACAGUUAACUUCAACUUAUCAUCCUCUCCGUCGAUCAUCGACCGACUUAUUCCCCCCAAAUUCCCUAUUUCCUCCUUUCCCCAAUCCCCGUAUUUGAAAACCUAGAAAAUCAAUCGCAGCAAAUCACUCCUCCGCCGCGCCGUGCUGUGCCGUGCCGCCCGCAUUCAACAGAAUUAAACGCUGCGUUAUAUACACUUAAAAGAGAGGAGAUGGAGCACCAGGAGAACGAAUACGAGGAGCACGAGCACGAGGUUUACGGAGGAGAUAUACCCGAUGAAGGAGGAGAGAUGGAUGCCGAGUAUGAUGAAACAUCUGCCGCCGCUGAAUCUGAGGAUGACCCUAAUGCUAAGGAAUUAGAAAAUAUGAAGAAGAGAUUGAAGGAGAUAGAGGAUGAAGCAGGCGCUCUUCGUGAAAUGCAGGCCAAGGUCGAGAAAGAGAUGGGCUCUGCACAAGAUCCAACUGCUUCUGCUAGUCAGGCUGAAAAGGAGGAGGUGGAUGCGCGAUCCAUAUAUGUCGGUAAUGUAGAUUACGCUUGCACACCUGAGGAAGUGCAGCAACAUUUUCAAUCUUGUGGUACUGUGAACAGGGUAACUAUCCUGACUGACAAGUUUGGCCAGCCGAAAGGCUAUGCUUAUGUCGAAUUUGUUGAAGUUGAGGCUGUUCAAAACGCACUUCUGUUAAACGAAUCAGAGCUUCAUGGGCGGCAGUUGAAGGUAUCUGCUAAGCGGACAAAUGUUCCUGGUUUGAAGCAAUUUCGAGGAAGGCGAUUCAACCCUUAUGCAGGAUCUCGCCCUCGGCGUCCAUUCAUGCCUGGUGCUCCAGUAUUUCCACCUUUUGGAAGGAUUCCAAGGUUCAGACGCCCCACCCGCUACAGGCCAUACUAGUGGAUUUUUGUCUGGACUGCAUGGCCUUCCCGAGGAAAGCAUGGGGCUCCCGUAGUGAGAGACGUGUCUCCUUGUUACUCUCUUUGGUUUCCUUUGGGAGUGCAAAGGAUGUUAUAGUUCAAAUUUCCUGUACCAUUUAAGUUAAAGGGGCUGACAUAAGUUUCAGCUUUGUCGAACAUGCUUUAGGUUUGUGGGGACACAGAAGUUGUUUCUAUUACUGGCUUGCUCAGGUGACAUGCCUUUGGGCAGCAAAAGGGGAAAGCAAACGGACAGAUAUUUGUUGUAGGUGGUUAUACUCUUUGAAUUAUGUCCCCUGAUUUGACGGGGGAACUAAAGGUGUGUUUUAAGUUUGACGGGCA